AUGUUAGCGAACCAAGACGGUCGGCGGGACGAUCGACACAAUGGCCGACGGGACAACCGACGCCGGCGCCCCGGAUCGGACCGAGUCGGACGAAGGAACAGAGAGACAUUGAACACCUCGUCAUCGUCGGAGGAACUAGACGACUUCAAGCCUCGCGAUCCUGGUUAUUUCGACCCACGCGACGACCGCCCGUUCUCAGAAGUAUUAGACAAGCAGCGGGUUUACCACAACGUCUCGGCCUUCAUUAACGCUGCGAAGGUCACGAGCGCUAACUACACAAGGAGAUCCUUUGCUAAGCGUUUCUGGCAAUGUUUACUCGGAGACGCGAUAGUCUGGUACAACAACGAACUAGAUGAGAAAACCCGCGCACGCCUCCGACGCAGUCGUCACCUCGACGAAUGGUAUACAUUGCUCUCGGAGAAAUUCGCAGUCAAUUACGGCGACGCGGUCAAGAAUUUCCAGAAGCUCAAAUAUACCUUGUGGGACGUAUACGAAAGGCACGAUAUAAGAAAUUGUACAGCGACGUCGUUAUCAUUGGAGCAGGCCUGUCGGGAAUCGACAUGGCAUGCCAGCUCCAACGGCAAUUAUGUGUCAGCGACUACGUGGUUUACGACCGCGCUGGGAGAAUUGGGUGGCGCAUGGGCCGCCAACAAAUGUGCUUUUUCCGCGUCCCCUUCAAAGUGGUACUAG